AAGAACUUUUCUCCCGCUGCAUUUCCAUGCGGUUUUGUUAAGCAUCCGCCUUGAAUUCUCUCUAUCUCUCUUUUGCAAAUUUAAACCACCAAUCUUUAAGAGAGAUUCGCGUCUCCUCCCUCUCAAUCGGAGCAUGGUAUCAUCAAUGAUCAAACCCUGGUGAUGAGGUCUCUAAGACACAAUUCGAAGAAAGAAAACAGAUCAGGUGAUAUAGGUUUUUCAAAUCCAAACUUUAAUUCCUCCAACGAAGACUUGCUAAGGUAUCAGAAGAAUAAAUCCAUGUGGAAGUGGAAGAAAUUGAAGGCCUUGAAUCACACUCGCCAUCGUAAAUUCAAUUGUCAUUUCUUUCUCCAUGUACAUGCAAUUGAAGGUUUACCCUCUGUUUUCGAAGGACAAAGCUUAAGGAUAAACUGGGAAAGGAAUGACAGGGUGCUCCAAACCCGAACCGUCGUGGUUUCCCAUGGAAAUGCUAAUUUCGAAGAGACUUUGUCUUAUAAAAGUUCUAUACAUGCUAAUCAAGACCAGAAUCAACAUACCAUCAGAUAUGAUUCAAAGUGCUUUAAGAUUUACGUAUCAACUGUUGGAUUCCCAGGACAUGAGACAGGCAUACACUGGAUCGAUUUUUCAAGAUUUCUUCCACUUACUUUGGAAGAAUUGGAGGAGAAAGGCUCGGGUAAGUACACAGAAAGUUUAAAUCUUACGGGAAAUGCAAAAGGUGCUACAUUAAAGGUUAGUCAUGUGUAUUCAUUGAUGGGGGGUCAUCAUUCAGUUGAUACAAAUGUUAACAUGACUGUUUUCCGACUUCUGAAUGAUAAUUCGAACCCAACCAAUCAUGCUUCAGACGUCCAUUGUGUUAAUUGUGGUACUAGUAGUGGCAUGUUCAGUGAGGUUGGAAGCGUUUCAAGUAUGUCUGAUGAUUUCGGUACCUCUCUGGAAAUAUUGACACCUUCAGAACCAACACUAGUUCGAUUAACCGAAUGCACACACGACGAGAACGAAGACAUAUGUGACUGUGAGGAAAUUACUAUAAUUGACAGGGGUGUGGAAUUUCCUGAUAACAGAGAACCUGAAUUUCUGGAAGACGAAUGCAACGAGGAAAAGAAGGAUUUGUAUUCCAGCAGUUUAAUCUAUGAGGAAGCUAGGUUCAUACCAGAACCAGAAGAUGAUGUAAAUGAAUCUGCUCUUAAAGAAUUUUUGGAUGAAGCAGAGAAUGAAGAGAAGGGACUUUUGGAUCUUCCAUUGGCAAUUCAAUUUCAAACUGAUGAACAACAAAGGAAGGAAAAUCACUCCUUGGGAAACAACAUAGAUGUAAAGACGAUUGAAUUAUUAGAAACACAGGCUUUGAUGGAAGAAUGUAAUUUGGACGAGCAGGCAUUUUCUAGUUCAACGAGUCCAUCACUCUUAAGAAAAGCUAAAAAUGAAGCACGGUUGAUCUUGCAAGUAAGUAUACCUGUUGUUCUUCCUAUAGCAAUGGGUUCUAGCAUAAUGGAGAUACUUGAACAUUGGGCAUCGGUUGGACAAGAAAAAAUGUUUACGCAGCUCGAUGUGUUAAUGCCUUUUGAAGACUUUAAUAGGAAGAAGAUGGACGAAACUGAGAGAUUGUCUGUUUUGAAUAGAAAACCAGGUGGUGAAGUUGACUCUGAUUUUGUUUCAAUUGAAGAUGUUGCUCCUCUGGCCAUGGAGAAGAUUGAGGCCCUCUCCUUUGAAGGAUUAAAGAUUCAGUCAGGCAUGUCAGACGAAGAAGCGCCUUCAAUCAUUAGGCCCCAGUUGAUUGGUGGAAAACCGACCUUCCUAAAUAAGGAAGAGGAUUCUGAUGACAAACAGGAUACCCAAAUGAAUGAUGUCAACGAAUUAAUAGACUUAUCUAUAACAUUGGAUGAGUGGAUGAAGCUGGAUUCUGGGAAUUUCGGCGAUGAAUUAGAUGUUCAAACUUCCAAGAUUAUUGCUGCUCAUCUGGAUGAAGAUGCUGCCUUUGUUGGUGGAACUGGGGGAAUUUUGGGAAACAUUUUUACAGUGGCUAUAAGGGUGCAGUUACGAGAUCCCCACCGUGAAUUUGAAACUGUGGGUGAACCUAUGGUUGCUCUUAUUGAGGUAGAGAGGGCUGUCAUUGAUGUGAAACCGAGAAUAUCCAACACAAUCUCAAACAAGCCAUUGUCGGGUAACAGAGACUUCCCUUUGUUCAAAAUUAUCGAGGUUCAUGUUGUGGGAUUUGCUACCAAUCCCAUGAAAAGGGAACCGUCUGGUGUCAGUUGGUUGGUUGCUUCUGGCAUGGGUAAAAAGAAGAAGAAUGUUUUUAGUAGCCAUGGGAAGUCAAAUGAUUCAGAGAUGCAAGAUCAUAUUCAGUCUAGGGUGUGGAGCAUCUCUGCUCACGUUUAUGGUCCCGGGGCUCAUUGGAAAGAGGUCGCAACGCAGACUGCACAUAUACGAAAUCCCGACGUUGUUUUCCUGUCUUAAUCGGUCAGGUUCAUAAUUUUUUUGAGUUUAAUAUAUUACUUCAUACAAGGAAAAAAAAACUCUUCUCAAAAACCAAAAAAAAAUGUUUCAAUUUUUAAUUCUUUUAAGGAGUUCAUUCAUAUUCAUAGUUAUUUCUCAUAUUUGAUAUACAUUAUUAUACAGUUUAUUAUUUUGCAU